UAUUUGUGUCCCUGAAUUGAUGGAUGACUGCUGUUAUGUGCUUGUGUAUGUGUGUGAGUGUGUGUGUGUCAGUGUGUCUCUCUCCCUUGUAUUUAUACUGGUACCAAGGCUGUAGAGCAGAGACACACUGCUUAGGGUAGAGAGGGGGAACUCCAGACAGAGGAGGGCAGACUUCAGUGCAAAGGAGCUCAUUUAAUAACCCCAGUGAGUGCAGUAGCAGUAGAAAGCAAAAGGGAUGUCUUUAAUUUAAGUUCUAUGGUGUAAUUGUUAAAAUUACCCCAUUAUCUUUUUUUUUAUUUAAUAUAUACGAUAUCAUUUGCAUUGGGAUUGCCAAGGAAUCUGGACACUGCCUGGAUCUUAUCCGGGACUCUGAUGAUUUAAAGGGAUUUUCAGCACUCCAGCUUUGGGAAAAAAACGUGAUUUCUGCCAGCAUGGCUCUGAAGAAGGGCUGCUCUACCUUCUCAUUGUGGAUCAAGGCUGGAUUCUGGCUCCUGGCAUGGAGCUCUGUCUGCCUGGUGUGUGCCAAUGGAUGCCCUGCCUUGUGUACCUGCAGUGGAACCACAGUGGAUUGCCAUGGUUUGGGACUUAAAACGGUUCCAAAAAACAUCCCAAGGAACACUGAAAGACUGGAAUUGAACGGCAACAAUAUUACGCGUAUCACGAAGAAUGACUUCUCUGGACUGAAGCAGAUGCGAGUUUUGCAGCUAAUGGAAAACCAGAUUAUCAGUGUAGAACGUGGGGCUUUCGAUGACAUGAAGGAGCUUGAAAGACUACGCCUCAACCGAAACCAGCUGCACAGUCUGCCUGAACUUCUGUUCCAGAACAAUCAAGCACUUUCCAGACUGGAUCUCAGCGAGAACUUUAUCCAGGCAAUUCCAAGGAAGACCUUCCGUGGAGCCACUGAGCUUAAAAAUCUCCAACUGGACAAGAACCAGAUUAGCUGUAUUGAAGAUGGAGCAUUUCGGGCACUUCGAGGACUGGAAGUUUUAACUCUCAACAACAACAACAUCAGCACAAUUCCAGUUUCCAGCUUUAACCAUAUGCCCAAGCUUCGAACAUUCCGCCUGCAUUCUAACAAUUUGUUCUGUGACUGUCACUUGGCCUGGCUCUCUCAGUGGCUUCGCCAGCGGCCAACCAUCGGGCUCUUCACACAGUGUACCGGGCCGCCUCAGCUCCGUGGCCUCAACGUGGCCGAAGUCCAGAAGCAUGAGUUUAGCUGCUCAGGACAAGCGGACCUUUCAAAUACUCAAAUCUGCAGCCUCUCCGUCGGCUCGUGUCCGGCCAUGUGCACCUGUAGUAACGGAAUUGUCGAUUGCCGAGGAAAAGGCUUAACAGCGAUACCUGCAAAUCUUCCUGAAACCAUGACUGAGAUACGCUUGGAGCUCAAUGGAAUCAAAUCCGUUCCACCUGGUGCGUUUUCUCCUUACAAAAAACUGCGCAGGAUAGACUUGAGCAACAACCAGAUUUCAGAAAUCGCCCCUGAUGCGUUCCACGGCCUGCGGUCGCUUAAUUCUCUGGUUUUAUAUGGCAACAAGAUUACAGAUCUUCCCAAAGGUGUGUUUAGUGGCCUACAUGCAUUGCAGCUGCUACUCCUCAACGCCAACAAAAUAAACUGUAUCCGCGCUGACACCUUCCAGGAUUUACAGAACCUGUCUCUGCUCUCCUUGUAUGACAAUAAGAUCCAGAGUUUAGCUAAAGGAACUUUCGCAUCUCUCCGAGCAAUCCAGACUCUACACUUGGCUCAAAAUCCAUUUAUCUGUGACUGCAACUUGAAAUGGUUAGCAGAUUUUUUAAGAACAAACCCCAUAGAAACUAGCGGAGCAAGAUGUGCCAGCCCCCGCCGCCUUGCCAACAAACGCAUCGGGCAAAUUAAAAGCAAAAAGUUUAGAUGUUCAGCAAAAGAGCAGUACUUUAUUCCUGGGACGGAGGAUUAUCAGCUGAAUAGUGAAUGCAACAGUGAUGUCGUCUGUCCACCCAAGUGUCGCUGUGAAUCAAAUGUGGUCGAUUGCUCUAACCUAAAACUUUCCAAAAUCCCUGAGCGCAUUCCACAGUCCACAGCCGAGCUACGCUUAAACAACAAUGAAAUCUCUGUGAUUGAAGCAACUGGACUCUUCAGAAAACUCCCACAGCUCAAGAAGAUAAACCUGAGCAGCAACAAAAUCUCGGAAAUCGAAGAUGGUGCGUUUGAAGGCGCAGCGUCAGUGAAUGAGUUACAUCUUACCGCCAAUCAUUUGGAGUGCGUACGCAGCGGAAUGUUCCGAGGCUUAGAAGGUCUGAGGACCUUGAUGCUGAGAAAUAAUCGAGUCAGCUGCGUCCACAAUGACAGCUUCACCGGUCUUAGGAAUGUUCGGCUCCUGUCCCUCUAUGAUAACCAGAUUAGCACCAUCACCCCUGGGGCAUUCGAUACCCUGCAGUCUCUCUCUACUCUUAACUUGCUAGCAAAUCCAUUUAAUUGUAACUGCCAGCUUGCCUGGCUUGGGGAAUGGUUGAGGAAGAGGAAGAUUGUGACUGGUAACCCUCGCUGCCAAAACCCAGACUUCCUUAGGCAGAUCCCGCUGCAGGACGUGGCGUUCCCCGACUUCCGAUGCGAAGAAGGUCAGGAAGAAGUAAGCUGCGCUCCUCAGCCUCAGUGCCCGCAAGAGUGUACCUGCCUUGACACAGUUGUGCGAUGCAGCAAUAAACACCUAUUAUCGCUACCCAAGGGCAUCCCAAAGAAUGUCACAGAACUGUACCUAGAUGGUAAUCAGUUCACUAUGGUGCCAGGACAACUGUCAAAUUUCAAGAACCUACAGUUGGUGGAUCUGAGCAACAACAAAAUCAGCUCCCUUAGCAACUCAUCCUUCACAAACAUGAGUCAACUCACCACAUUGAUACUAAGUUACAAUUCCCUGCGGUGCAUACCUUCCCUGGCUUUCGAAGGCCUCCGGUCCUUGAGACUGCUGUCUGUCCAUGGAAAUGAUAUUUCUGGCCUUCCAGAAGGAAUAUUUUCUGACGUCACCUCACUUUCCCAUUUGGCAAUUGGAGCCAACCCUCUGUACUGUGACUGCAAUCUACGCUGGUUGUCCAACUGGGUGAAGACCGGUUACAAAGAGCCAGGCAUAGCUCGUUGCACGGGACCCCCGGAAAUGGAUGGCAAGCUUCUUCUUACCACCCCUGCCAAGAAGUUUGAAUGCAAUGGACCUCCAAGUUUAAGCAUUCAAGCCAAGUGUCACCCCUGCCUGUCAAGUCCUUGCCGAAACCAAGGCACGUGUCAGAAUGAUGCUGUUGAGUAUUAUAAGUGUACCUGUCCACCUGGGUUUAAGGGCAAAAAUUGUGAAAUCUCUAUAAACGCGUGUGCCAGCAAUCCCUGCGACAAUCACGGAGUGUGCCAACCCAAAGAAGAAGGCAGCAAAUUCACAUGCACUUGUGCCGAGGGCUUCGAAGGACCCACAUGUGCGGUGAACAAAGAUGAAUGCAAAUAUAAUGACUGUGAAAAUGGAGGAACUUGCUUAGAUGGAACCAAUGGUUAUACCUGCUUAUGUCUGCCCCAAUACACAGGUGAAUACUGUGAACAGCCGGUGGAUUUUUGCUCUUCAGGGUUGAAUCCUUGCCACCCCGAUUCCAAAUGUGUUGCAACGACUGAGGGCCCAAAGUGUGAGUGUGCUCUUGGCUACGUAGGAGAAAACUGCAGCCUCAAUUACGAUGAUUGUAAAGACCAUCGUUGCCAGAACAAUGCUCAGUGCGUGGAUGAGGUCAAUGGAUAUUCGUGUCUCUGCACGGAGGGUUACAGCGGGCAGCUUUGUGAAAUGCCAUCACAAGUGCCCACAAAUCCAUGUAAAAUAGCCGAUUGCCAGAAUGGUGCCAACUGUGUCAUUGUGGGAAACAGUGCCGUGUGUCAGUGCCUUCCUGGGUUUGGUGGCAUCAAAUGUGAGAAGCUUUUGAGUGUGAAUUUUGUGGACAGGGACACUUACCUCCAAUUCACAGACCUGCAGAACUGGCCUCGAGCAAACAUCACACUUCAGGUUUCAACGGCAGAAGACAAUGGAAUCCUCUUAUACAAUGGUGAUCGUGACCAUAUGGCUGUAGAGUUAUACCAAGGCCAUGUUAGGGUCAGCUAUGACCCUGGGAGUUUUCCAAGUUCUGCCAUCUACAGUGCAGAGACUAUCAAUGAUGGGAAGUUCCAUACAGUGGAAUUGGUUACCUUUGACCAGAUGGUUAAUCUGUCCAUUGAUGGUGGGGCGCCUAUGACAAUGGACAAUUUUGGAAAACAUUAUACCCUUAACAGCGAAGCACCAUUGUAUGUAGGAGGUAUGCCAGUCGAUGUCAAUUCCGCAGCCUUCAGAUUGUGGCAAAUCCUUAACGGCACCAGUUUUCAUGGAUGUAUCCGCAACCUUUAUAUCAACAAUGAGCUGCAGGACUUUACCAAAACACAAAUGAAGCCUGGCGUGGUACCAGGUUGUGAGCCCUGCAGGAAGCUCCUCUGUCUGCAUGGCAUAUGCCAGCCAAAUACUGAGAAUGGACCCGUUUGCCAUUGUGAGACUGGUUGGACUGGCCCGCACUGUGACCAGCAGAUAAAUAAUCCAUGCCAAGGACACAAAUGUGUACACGGAACAUGUAUGCCACUUGAUUCUCUGACGUACAGCUGCCUGUGUCAGGAUGGUUACAAGGGCGCCCUGUGCAACCAGCAAGGAGAGCUGUACAACCCAUGUAAGAAUUUGCAGUGCCAGCACGGGCGAUGUCAGAUUUCAGAUGUGGGAGAAGCGUAUUGCGAAUGCGAUAACGGAUAUGUGGGAGAGGUCUGCGAUCAAGAGUCGGAAUGUAGAGGGGACCCUGUCAGGGAUUAUUACCAAGUUCAACGAGGCUACACCAUUUGCCAAACCACACGCACCGUCUCUUGGGUGGAAUGUCGGGGCUCUUGCCAGAACCAGGGUUGCUGCACGGGAUUGCGCAUGAAACGCAGAAAGUACACGUUUGAAUGUAGCGACGGAUCGUCCUUCGUGGAAGACGUGGAAAAACCCAUCAAGUGUGGCUGCACCCCCUGUAUGUGAACCAUCAAUGGACUGGAUUAUCAAAAGAUCGUACCAGACACACACAAAUAAAAAGAAGAACAAUUGGACAAUAAAUUCUGUAAAAUUGGACAUUACUUCCCUUUCAGAUGUGUGAACAUCUUAAUGUCGUCGGCAUUUAAAAUAUAUGUAUAAACAGCACCUAUUACAUUGAGACACACACAUGCUGACUGAUUGUAUAGUGUUGUAAUCAUUGGGAGAGGUAUAGAGAAGGUAUAUAUGUAGAGGGUAAAAUGUGUAGA